AUGUCCUUCUAUGGUAAUCAAGUGCCACCACAACAACAACCGCAAAAUAAUAUGAACGCUGCCAACGCUGGAGGCUUCUACCAACCUUCCAAUCAAUUCGCGUUCCCUCAAGGUUCCAUGUCCACAUACCAAACUAGUGCCUCCUUUAUGGGGAACGACACUACUUCAGGUGGCGCCAUGGGGGUAGCACCAGAUCCAUUACCUACAGGUAUAUUGAAUGCCUUUUCUACAAAGGGUUACCCACAUGAGGCUCCACUUCUCGAAGAAAUAGGAAUAAAUUUCGAUCAUAUCCUAGCAAAGACCAAAAUCGUCUUAAUCCCAACGCGUUCCACAGCUAGUGUAUCACAAGAAAUCUUACAUGAUUCAGAUUUAGCAGGUCCAUUGAUCUUCUUCCUCUUAUUCGGUCUUUCUCUAUUGACGGCAGGGAAGAUUCAUUUCGGAUAUAUCUAUGGUGUCGCAUUGUUUGGUACCGUUUCAUUACAUAAUUUGUCCAAAUUGAUGUGCAAUAUGAAUACGGGGACUAGUUUACAAUUCUUUAAUACAGCAUCGAUUCUUGGAUAUUGUUUCUUGCCUCUAUGUUUCCUUUCCAUUAUCGGAAUUUUCCAUUCUUUGAAUGAUACCAUGGGGUAUGUGUUAGGGUGCAUUUUCGUUCUAUGGAGUACUUGGUCCUCUUCUGGAUUUUUGAACUCUUUGUUGGAAUUGUAUAACGCUAGAGCAUUGAUUGCAUAUCCAUUGUUGAUAUUUUAUAGCGUCUUUGCAUUGAUGGCCAUCUUCGUUUGA